UAUGAAAAGCACAAGUCAUGUGUUUUAUAUAUCGCCUUUCCACGCAGCAUUAUAUCCCACCGUCCCAUGCUCUGCUAUUCUCCUGCUAGCUAAAGUUCUCUUUGCACUCCAGGAUUUCGUGGGUCGGUUGAAGGGCUUUGGAGCAGGAAAGUAAACACCUGACACCUUCGCAAUGGCAGCAGUUUUCCUUCGGUCUCUUUCGGCCAAGAAGGUUCCCCUCCAGCUGGGUCGUUGUUACUCCUCGUCCUCAGUGCCCACCACCAAGCUGCUCAUUGACGGCAAGUUCGUUGAGUCCAACACCUCUGAAUGGCUUGACAUCCACAACCCUGCCACUAAUGAGGUGGUAGGACGAGUUCCCAAAGCUACACAGGGGGAGAUGCUGGCAGCUGCGGAAUCGUGCUCCAGAGCCUUCCAGUCCUGGUCUGAGACCUCCAUCCUCAGCAGGCAGCAGAUCUUCCUGCGCUACCAGCAGCUCAUCAAGGACAACAUUAAAGAACUGGCUAAAAUAAUCACCUUGGAGCAGGGCAAAACCCUCGCUGAUGCAGAGGGAGAUGUAUUCCGAGGACUCCAGGUGGUCGAGCAUGCCUGCAGCAUUCCCUCCCUCAUGCUGGGCGAGACCUUACCUUCCAUCACCAAGGACAUGGACACUUACACCUACCGCCUGCCUAUUGGCGUCUGCGCUGGCAUUGCCCCUUUUAACUUCCCCGCCAUGAUCCCCCUGUGGAUGUUCCCCAUCGGCAUGGUAUGUGGCAACACCUACUUGAUGAAACCCUCUGAACGGGUCCCAGGAUGCACCAUGCUCCUCGCCAAAUUGCUCAUGGACGCCGGGGCACCAGAUGGUACGCUCAACAUCAUCCACGGCCAGCACGCAGCUGUGAAUUUCAUCUGUGACCAUCCCUCCAUCAAAGCCAUCAGCUUUGUGGGCUCCAACUCAGCCGGAGAGUACAUCUACGAGCGGGGAUCCAAGAAUGGCAAGAGAGUGCAGUCCAACAUGGGUGCCAAGAACCAUGGUGUGGUGAUGCCUGAUGCCAACAAAGAGAACACCCUCAAUCAGCUGGUUGGUGCUGCAUUCGGAGCAGCCGGCCAGCGCUGCAUGGCUCUCUCCACGGCUAUUUUUGUCGGAGAGUCCCGUGAGUGGCUCCCAGAGCUGGUGGAGCGCUCCAAAUCACUCCGAGUAAACGCAGGUGAUCAGCCUGGAGCAGAUGUGGGUCCCUUAAUCUCUCCUGAAGCCAGAGACAGAGUGGAGUUUUUGAUCCAGAGUGGGGUGGAUGAAGGAGCCACACUGAUGCUGGACGGGAGAAAUGUCACCGUCAAAGGAUACGAAAAUGGAAACUUUGUAGGACCUACCAUCCUGGGAAAUGUUAAGCCUGGCAUGAAGUGUUACAGAGAGGAGAUCUUCGGUCCAGUGCUGGUCGUCCUGGAGGCCGAGAGUCUGGAUGAAGCCAUUUCUCUAAUCAACAAUAACCCCUAUGGCAACGGCACCGCCAUCUUCACCAACAAUGGAGCCACAGCACGCAAAUACACUCAUGAGGUGGACGUGGGCCAGAUUGGCGUGAACGUCCCCAUCCCCGUCCCCCUCCCCAUGUUCUCCUUCACUGGAUCCAGAGGCUCGUUCAGAGGAGACACCAACUUCUAUGGCAAACAGGGCAUCCAGUUUUACACGCAGAUCAAAACUGUGACUUCCCAGUGGAAGGCCGAGGAUGCCACUGUGACCAGCCCAGCUGUUACCAUGCCAACAAUGGGACGCUAAGCUAAAUUGACAGCGAACACAUCACUGACCUCUCAUAUGCCUUAAGAAGAUGCCCAAGGAGGGGAUUUGGGGGGGAAUGGUUAACUUCCUUUUUACUGGAGGUUAUUAGUUGGUGACUGUAGACAACGUAGACGAUGCUGCACAAACACAUAAAAGCAAUUUCAGCCUCAUUUGGAGACAUCAUGGACUUACAGAACGCUGUCAGCCUCUUCAUGUGUUUGUCACUGUUUUCUUUGUUUCUGCUCUUUUCUCACUGGGUGGACCAUGAUUUAAUCAUGUUCAGUCAUUUCUUGAUCUGCGGUGUACUGUACUGUGGUGUCAUUUCUUUUAAAACCUACAAUAGAAAUCGGGUUCAGGGAUCGUCUUUAAAGCAGCAGCAGUAAUUGUCUUCCACUGAUAUCGACUCGGGGUCUUUCCUUGUAUUUUUUAUCAGAGCUUUGUUUAGACACCCCAGAAGUUGACAUAAAUUGAACAAAUGAUACACAACAAAGACCAUGCUGUCACUCCAUCAGACUAAAAUAAUGUUGCUUUCCUCCAUAUGGAUACUCUCCUGUAUACUGUGUUAGGAUGUGUCUUCUGUGUACCAGAUAGAGGUUCAUAGGUUUGUACUGUAUUUUCUGAGUGAUGCCCUUAAGUACCCAUGAAUGGCGUAGAUGUUCAGUUGCAGUGUUUGAAAUGACAUGGGCCUCACAUUAAUAUGGUCUUUAGGAACCAUUAUAAAAAGCUGUUACAUAACAGUGUGUGCUAGACUUCCUUUCCUCCAAUGUAUUUGAGCUACUUCAAACUUUGCUCAUUUUUCACUUCUCUGUUUGGAGAAAGAGAGAACAAGGGGGUUGACUCUGUGCUCCACUGAAUAAAGAUACUGUAAUUUGACUCCA